AAGAAGACAAAACUUUUAUUUACGUAGCAGUUGGUCAUAAGGCUGUAUUAUAUGUGACCUCUGCUCCAAUAAUAAACAUCGCCGGCAAGCUCAACAACACCAAGCUUGUGUCGCACAACAAGGAUGUCACCUUCGAUGAUCAAAGGGGAAAGGGCUACGGGCGUCUCAACAUUAUUUUCUCGGUGGAUACACAGAAAUUAUUCUUGCGCUUCAACUUUACACUGAGUCGUGGUUAUUGGUACAUGAAGGCCGUUGAAGUGGAGUACAAUGAAUACAAAUCGGUUUUGCCAGUUGUGGGUACGCUCUACAGCAUUCCUUCGGCACCUAUUGGCUUCUCGUACCGCUGCUCCUCGCGUAAUUUACAAUUUGGCAACGAGAGCGACAGUCUUACCAUAAGUGACUUUCAGGUCCAGCCCUGGUUGAAUGGAGUACCGCGCUUUGGCGACGUUUACGAUUGUGUUGGAUUUACCACUGCACCCAUUUGGGCUGGCAUAUUAGUAACGCUUUUCCUAGUUGGCAUUCUGUCGAUUGGAUUAAUUGUAUUGAUGGACAUUAAAACACCAAACCGAUUUGAAAGCUCUCGCAGCAAGCAAUUGUCACUCUUUAUCCAGGAGUAAUUGAAAUGAGCACAUUAGUCCAGAGGAGCGCUUCGUGCGCUGCUUGCAUAAUCGUCUACUAACCAACUACAUAUAGGUAGAAAACUAUAGAUAUGACGUAAACAGUUGCUAAAAGUUAAGCUUCUUCGAAAUGUUUACAUUAAUUGCCUACAGCGUCGCGAAUCCUCUCGUACUCUUCACACUAGCUAUAGAGUUUUUCCUUAUACAUUUAUUAUUUAUUCUAGUUGCCAUGUACAUUUACAUUAUAUUGUUUUAUUGACAUACAUAUGUAUCAUGUUUCAUACAUACACACUUACGUACUUACGUACAGUGUCUGUGCUAAUGUGUCUGUUCCAAUUAAACAUUGAAUAUUCAAAUAA